AUGGCUGUUGAAAGAAUUGCUAUUGUUGUUGCCUCGGCUAUGCAUAGUACUGAAAGAGAUUUUAGUAUUGAGAGGGCUACAAAAUUAGGGGCUAAAGUUUUCAUUGGCACAGUCGAUCCUGCAGUUGCGCAGGCAUGGAUGACCAAGAUAGGGAAGGUAUUUGAUGUUAUGAGUUGCUUAGACGAUCGGAAGUUGUGUCUUGCCACUUUCUUAUUAGAGGAGGGUGUAUAUGAUUGGUGGCAGUCGGUACGGAGCACAUAUCUAGACCCUUCUAUCAUUACUUGGACAAAUUUUCAUCGUAUCUUUUACGAUGCCUAUUAUCCUCGGUUCUAUAAAGAUGCAAAGCAAGAGGAAUUUUUGAAGCUAGUACAAGGGCAGAUGACAGUUGCAAAAUAUCAAGUGAAAUUUAGUGAACUUUCAAAGCUAAGUGGUAGAGAACAAACAAUAUUCAGAGCAAGCAGUAGUCAGACAAUGGCAAGUGCUUCUAGCUAUAGACCACUACGGAGGGACAGUAGAGGAUUUCGACUUGGUGUAUCCAGUUCAAGUACUUCCCAGAGAUCAUUUACUCCGAGACAGGGAGAGAGUUCUACUAGUGCCAGAUUUUCUUCUUGCCAAUUAUGUGGAAGAUCUCAUCCUGGCGAGUGUUUAAAGUUCAAGAGAGUUAGUGUUUGUUAUUGCUAUGGCCAAGAAGGACAUCUAAAAAGGAAUUGCCCAGUUAUAUUCUGGAUGGGUGGCAUGGCACAUAGGAUGUUUCCUCAACAGAAUGCUGGUAGUACACGACAGAAUUAG